AUGUCUCAAGAUCAACGCCAAUACGAGAUCGUGGUCUUCGGAGCGACUGGAUACACGGGAAAAUAUACCGCCGAGCACUUGACCACAUAUGCCCCGACAGACCUGAAAUGGGCCAUUGCUGGUCGGUCAGAGGCGAAACUGAAAGCCGUCGCUGACGAGAUUCAUUCCCUCAAUCCAGACCGCCUCGCUCCAGGUAUCGAGAUUGCAGAACUCAACAAACAAGACCUGGUCAAGCUCGCGAAAACGACAAAGGUCCUCAUAUCCACUGUGGGUCCAUAUCACAAGUACGGAGCUUUCGCCUUCGAGGCUUGUGCCGAGAACGGAACUCACUACGUAGAUUGCACGGGGGAGGUGCCUUGGGUGUACGACAUGGUCGAAAAGUACGAUGCUCUCGCGAAGAAGACUGGUGCCAUCAUGAUUCCACAGAACGGCAUGGAAAGUGCGCCGAGCGAUAUGAUGUGCUGGAUGCUCGUUAACCACAUCCGUCAGACGUUGUCAGUUGGCACGGCUGAGAUCCUGGAUUCGGUUUAUUCCUUGAAGGGUGCGCCGUCCGGCGGUACGCUCGAUACACUCCUGACUUUAUUCGACACCUACAGUCUAUCUCAUUUUGCGAAGAGCAUGAAUCCUUGGUCGCUGUCUGCCGUGGCACCACCUCAAGAGACCGCCGGCAAGCCUCUCCUCGAAAAUAUCACGGGUAUUCGCACCGACUCAGACUUGGGCAUCUUGACGGACAGUCUGCAAGGACCUAGCGACAUUGUCAUCGUUAAUCGAUCAUGGAGUCUGUACGAUGGAGGCAAAUUCUACGGCCCAAAGUUCAAGAUCAGCAUCUACACCAAGGUCUCGAGCAACCUCCAGGCAUUUUUGAUGCAUCUGGCUCUUACCCUGGGAACCGCAACCCUGCUUUUGCCUCCCGUGCGCUGGCUUCUGAAGAAAUUCGUGUAUCAGCCCGGACAGGGCCCCACGAAAGAGGAGACUACCAACGAUCACUGCGAGUGGCGGGCAGUUGCCAACGCGGACGUGACGGAUCCGAAUGAUCCCAAGCGUGCCUCUGGAACGAUGGCUUACCACGGCUCGAUGUACGCUUUGACCGCCGCCACGCUCUCAGAAGCCGCCAUAACUCUCGCCCGUGACAAGACAUUCGCUCAUGAAUUGGGUGGUGGCGUGCUGACUCCGGCGACGCUGGGUGCGCCGUACAUGGAACGUCUACAAAAGGCCGGAUUGAAGACUGAAGUCAAGACCAUGCCCUGA